CAGAGGCGCGGAUACGGAGCAUGGUACAAGACGACUAGGUAAACACAUGCAGCUGAGAGCAUGAUGCUCUCUCCGGAGCAAGCUGCCUUGAUAGGGCAGGUGUUUGAGGACUACGUGUUGGAGCACCACCGCAGCGACAUCCUCCAGAUCCUGCAGGAUGGGGAUGAGGCCCACUACCCGGUCGUUGUCAACGCCAUGACUCUGUUUGAGGCCAACAUGGAGGUGGGCGAGUACUUCAACGCGUUCCCCAGCCUGGUGAUCCCCGUGUUUGACGGCGCCCUGCAGAAGGCGGCUGAGACCAUCUCCAGCUCCUGCUGCUCCUCUCUACAGGGAGCCCUUGGGGUCAAACCUAGCCUGCACGCUCGCAUCUCUGGGCUGCCCGUGUGCCCGGAGCUGACGCGUGACCACAUCCCCCGGGCACGGGACGUCGGCCACUUCCUGUCGGUGACGGGCACGGUGAUCCGCACGGGCACCCCCAAGCUGCUGGAGUUCCAGCGCGACUACAUGUGCGCCAAGUGUCGCUACGUGUUUGCAGCACAGGCCGACUUCGAGCAGCACUACGCCCUGGCGGCGCCCACGCACUGCCCCAGCCCCGACGCCAACUGCAACUCCGUCAAGUUCACCUGUCUCCAGGGAGACACAGCCGUGCCCUCGGCCUGCCGCGACUACCAGGAGAUCAAGAUACAGGAGCAGGUCCAGAAGCUGUCUGUGGGCAGCAUCCCUCGCUCCAUGCUGGUGGCUCUGGAGGACGACCUGGUGGACAGCUGCAAAUCAGGUGAUGACGUGACUGUGUACGGCGUGGUGUGCCAGCGCUGGAAGCCCUUGGUUCAGGACGCACGCUGUGAGGUGGAGGUGGUGCUCAAGGCCAACUACAUCGAGGUGAAAAACGACCAGAGCUCUGGAGCCGUGGUGCUGGAGGAUGUGCAGAAGGAGUUUGAUGAAUUCUGGGACAAAAACAAGCACGAUCCAAUCGUGGGCAGGAACCAAAUUCUGAUGAGCCUGUGCCCGCAGGUGUUUGGAAUGUACGUUGUCAAGCUGGCUGUUGCCAUGGUGCUAGCUGGCGGAGUGCAGAGAAUAGAUGCGUCUGGAACCAAGGUCAGAGGGGAGUCUCACAUGCUCCUGGUUGGCGACCCUGGCACGGGCAAGUCCCAGUUCCUGAAGUACGCCGCAAAGAUCACCCCUCGCUCCGUCCUCACGGCUGGCAUUGGCUCCACCAACGCAGGCCUGACGGUGGCGGCGGUGAAGGACGGGGGCGAGUGGCACCUGGAAGCGGGCGCGCUGGUGCUGUCGGACGGCGGCCUUUGCUGCAUCGACGAGUUCAACAGCAUCAAGGAGCACGACCGCACCAGCAUCCACGAGGCCAUGGAGCAGCAGACCAUCAGCGUGGCCAAGGCAGGCAUGGUGUGUAAGCUGGACACACGCACCACCAUCCUGGCGGCGACCAACCCCAAGGGCCAGUACGACCCCAGCAUGCCCGUGUCGGUCAACGUGGCCCUGGCCAGCCCGCUGCUCAGCCGCUUCGACCUGGUGCUGGUGCUGCUGGACACCAAGAACCCCGAGUGGGACCGCAUCAUCUCCUCCUUCAUACUGCAGAAUAAAGGUGCUCCAAGUGAGUCCUCUUCAUCCCUGUGGAGCAUGGAGAAGAUGCGUGCCUACUUCAGCCUGAUCAAGACACUGCGUCCGCGUGUCUCCUCGCAGGCCAACACCAUCCUUGCCCGCUACUACCAGCUGCAGCGCCAGAGCAGCGGCCGCAACGCGGCCCGCACCACCAUACGCAUGCUGGAGAGUCUGGGACGCCUGGCAGAGGCCCAUGCCAGGCUGAUGUUCCGGGAGACGGUGACUGUUGAGGACGCUGUGGUCGUGGUCUCGGUCAUGGAAUGCUCUAUGCAGGGGGGAGCUCUUCUGGGUGAAGUGAAUGCCUUGCACACUGCAUUUCCUGAAAACCCCAGUGAACAGUACAAAACACAGUGCCAGAUUGUUCUGGAAGGCCUGGGUCUUGAGCACCUCCUACAUGCUGAACUUCAGAGACUUGACCGGCUCAAGAAGAGCACCUCUGGAGACUCAGGAGAGGGGAGCGGUGACGACAAGGGUCCACCGAGCGCCAUAAGCCCGAGACAGGCAGGCACACAGCACCAAGACUCCCAAGACGGUCUGGGCUGGUUCCACUCUUUGCAUCAGCAGGACGUUGUGGAAGAGACACAACCAUCUUCCCUCCCAAUACCACCAACACCACCACCCAAACCACUUCCACCAGCGCGGAUAGCAACGCGUCCAAACUCCACUAUGGAACUACGGCCACCACAGAGGCAGCAGCAGCAGGGGGAGGAGGAGGGGCACCCGACCCACGCUGGUGCCCAGCAGCAUAGGGAAGAGGCUGGCAGCACCAGGAACACGCUGGCAGGAAAAGUAAUGGAGAAGAAGAAGAGUGGGCAGGAGGAGGAGGAGGAGAAGAAGCAAAGAGGGCGGAGCGAGAGUGAGAGAGAGAAGCAGCAGCAUGUGGCCGUGGUGGCGAGUGACCACAGCAGUAUGUCAUCCGAGUCUGCCGCUACCUCAGGCGAUCCUGACUCCGUGGUGCUGCGAGUUUCCAAGAAACUCCAUCGGAAGCGCUUGAAGGAGCGCAUGUCGGAAACCGAGCCGCCCUCCCUAGUGCACCAGGAGGGUGUGUCGCUACCCCAGUCCUCCGGGGGAGCUGUAUCCGACAAGCCUGACCUGCUGGAUGAGCUAGACCAGCUUUUCUCCUCCUCCUCAGCGGAUCCGUUGCCAACGCACAGCAGCACGCCCGUCGCGGGAAAGAGGCGUCCAUCAAGAAGAGCCGGCGACCCUUUUUCAGCUGCUGAUCCUUCCAGCGACGGCGAGGACCUGCAGAGCAAAUUCACAGGCUUCGCUUUUAAGCCCAGGGACAGAAUGCAUCACACAGAUGCCCCACAAACUAGCAAGAUCGCCGCCAACCCACCUCCUAAACCUGUUGAGUCAACUAGUGUGAGGAGAGAUGGUGUUGAGAAGAAGGCAAUGGGUAAGGGACCUGAUGGCAAACAGUCUUGCUCUGCUGAGGAGAGUAGCUCUAAAUCACCAGCAGAUGGCGCCCACAGUACAGACAACAGCAGCAGCAGCAGGCUCAGACUGAGGGCUCUGUCUGAGGCAGCGGCAGCCAAUGAGCAAGCUCCUGGAGGAGGGGGGUCACGUGACCGGGCAAACCGAGAAGAAAGAGGAAGUGUUGCUGGUGCUGUAUCGGUUGAGUCGGGUGUAGCAGGGGGGUCAGAGGUGAAGCGUCGUCAGCGGCUGCUGCAGAGGCUGAGCUCCAUGACGACAGCAUCGGUGGCGGUGGUGGAGGGCAAAACUGCGACGUCGGCAUGUUUUGAUGAUGAUAACGAUGGUGGUGGUGUUCCACCUGCAUCAGACACUCACACUUCUUCACCCUCCACCACGGUCACUGCUACCCCCCGAACCCCUGACCAGAGCAGGGCCAAAGUCGCAUCCACCACUCUCGCCAAACUCUCCCGCUUCUCUUUCCUGGCCUCGCCGUCUCCUGAAAAGACGACCACCAACGCCACUGUAACAGUAGCACCGGAGACAACAGCAACUUCACACAGCAAGCCACACAAAGCAAUAUUAUCAGACAGCACCAAUACAACAACACACACGCAAACGCACAAACCCCCGUCAGCACUCACAGCAACAAACAGAAGUGCAAUAUUAUCCUCGACGGACAAUAGUCUGCAUGCAAAGCGGCCGGGGGGGAGCACAACUCAUGCGCAGAGCAUACUAAUCAGCACCAAGACAGACAACCCCAUAGAGACGCUCACAGAGCCACAGAAAACAACGGCCACAACAGUAGGCGCAGACACAGGGACUCCCAGUGCUAAGCAGCCGGUGCCAGGGGAACCAGGGAACCCCAACAAGAGGAAGUGCUUUCAGCUGGGAUCAGGAUCCGGAGCUGGAAAACCGGGCCUUUUCUCCGGCCUGUCCCUCUUCAGCUCAGCUGAUCUGGAGGACGAUGACUCCUUGCUGGAUCUGGAGUGGAGUGAUGACGGGCCGAGCAAGAGAGCCAAGAUGUGAAUUUCAAUCAUUUCGAUCGAACGUUUUUCAGGGGGGGGAGAACAAAGGGAGAGGGGGGAGACUGGGUAUUGGACUGAGCAAACAAGCAAGAGUACAUAAUUACUGGAAUUAUGAAUACCACCAAAAAGAUGUAUUUUUGGCAACACUGUUGCCUUGAUUUAACCGAGAUACAAGACAUUCUUCUAAACAGCAUCUGCUGGUUCAUUAAGGACAUAUCAAUUAUCAAAUUUCAAAUAUGGAAAGAUGAAGAUGAAUUAUGUUUCUCUUUUUGUUACACAAUUACAAUAUAAAAAAAAUACAUCAUCUUGUAAUGACUUUCAUCUCUUGCAAUUUGCAUUAAAUUCUACCACUUAAAAAUGAAAUGUGCUUGCGUGUCACGAGAGAGUGAGCGAGCUCGUGCAUGACUG